AUGGUUCGGUUGUCCGUUGAGCGUUGGACAAGGAAGAAGAGCAACGCCGGACUGGAAAUUCUGCUCCCCCACAGACCCCAUGAUAAUAAUAAUAAUAAAAAGAAAACACGAACCAAAGGGGGAGGGGGGGAGAAUGAAAUAAAAAAAGGCGCCCCCACUGCCCCGGAGGCUGGGGGCGACAGGGAGCCGGGAGCCAAGCGCUGCCCUCUACAAGCGAAGCCUCCGCAGGGAUCGGCCAACUUACCCCGGGCAAAACAAGUACGCGGCGGCCGCCCCCCCGUUCCCGGGCGCUCCUUCCACUUGUCCUCCCGCCCGCCCGCCGCCCGCCGCCGCCCGCCGGGGGACCGCGCACCGCUGCCCGCCGCCGCUGCCCCGCUCCGCCGCUGCGCGUCCGCAGCCCCGCGGCGACGUGGGGCCGAGCCCGGCGCGGUGGCGGCCGAUGCCGGUGCGGCGCUGCCGAGGAGCGGUGGGGGAGCCGGCGCCUUCCCGGAAUGGCUCAGCCCUCGGGAGGGAGGGAGCGAGAGAGCGAGGGAGGAGGGGGGCGGCAGCGCCGCGGCUUGGUCCCACCUCCUGCCGGGCAGGGCGGCGCGGCCCUGCCCCAGCCCAGCCGAGCGGCAGGGAGGGAGAGUCGGCUGCUGGCGGCGGAGCGCGGGGAGCCGAGCCGAGCCGAGCCGCGCUGAGCCGCUCCUUGGCUGCCGGGCUGGGCGCUGGCCGGGCCCGGUGCGCCGCGCCCGCCGCCGGCUCGGGUUACGGGAGCCGCGGCCGCCGCAGCCAAUGCGGGGCCGCCUGGCGCCUUCGAACGGCAGAUGGGUUUCCUCGGGUUUUCUUGAAGAAAAGGUACCGGAGAGAGCACCAUCCCGGGAAAGGGUGGGGUUGGACAGGCAGGAAAACGCGCCUGCCGGGCGGCCCGGGGAAGCGGCGCCGAAAUGGCCCCGGUCCCGCUCUGUCCAGGCGCGGGGAGGGACCCGAGCCACGGGCGGCCGCCUUGGGCUGCGAGCGGAGCGGGAUCUCCCGGAGCAUCUCCGCUGCUGCCGCCCUCGCCAAGGGCUUUGUCAGCCGCGUCUCUCUGCCCUGCUCUCUCUGGGGUGGCCGCCUUUGUCCGCGGGUCCCUCCUGCCUCGGCAGGUUGAAAGAGCUGGCUCCACCAUCCCUGCCACCUCUCUGCUCCUGGGAACGGCAGAAUCCUUUAUACCUCAGUGGUGCGGGAGGAAACGGCCCUGAAGUCGCAGACAACGCUUAUUCUUCGGUAAAAUCGUCACAGGUUCUGGUCCUUACUGUCAGGAGGUUGGGGUUCCAGCCUCAAUUUCUGCACGCAUUGGACAGAACCAAGUAAAGGGCAUGGAAAGUUCA